ACGUUCCAAACGCAACGCAAACACAUGCGUCAAUGUGAACUGAGGAAGUCUGACUCUGGUCGGACGAAACGUUACAGUAAUACAUUUGUAUUUCAGGAUGUCAGAAAGACGGGCACACGAUAUAGCUCAAGCGAAAGCUGCUAGACUUCUUCAAAAACGUACUGGAAGCGUCUCAUCGAGUGAAAACAUUGGUCCAGCUCCUCCGCAUACGACACCAAGACGGCAUGCAAGAGGGGGAUAUGCAGCGUCCGUCAGCACCGUCGUAUCACGUAUGGAUCCUCACCAUCUUGACGAUGACAUUCUGCUCUCGAAACCAAUGCAAUAUGAGAACACUUACAGAAUGGCACCGAAGAAAAAGUUUCCAACAAGUAGAAUUGAAGCGAUUAUCAGUGACGCCCUCACAAGCUAUCUUCACCCAGAUAUUGUGUAUGAGCCUGAACAUUGUCGUGAUCUGACGAAAACUAUUUCAGAAGUUAUCAAAGCUCGAGUGAAAGAAACUGUUCUACCGAGAUAUAAAAUUGUCUGCGUUGUCAAUAUUGGACAAGUCAAUAGCCAGGGUCUUCGAAUGGGAAGCCGUUGCUUAUGGAAUGCUGAGCACGAUACAUUUGCUUCAGCGUCAUUUAAGAACGGAUCAGUAUUCGCAGUCGGAAACGUGUAUGGGAUUUAUUAUGAGUGAAAAGAGACUUCUGAGGGGUCAAAGGUCAACUCUGAACCCUCUUACUAGUGUAGUCAGUGUUAUUUGGUAUAUUUUAGAUUAUGUUGGAAACCUAUUGUGCUGUUGAGUGCUGUAUCAGCCCUCAAUGUACUCCACAUUCAAUGGGUUAGCAUGUAAAAUUCAGUCUAGCGUACCGGUACAUAUUUCUGACUCCCAGCUUUAGUUAGAAAUUUGGAAUAUGCGUGUAACUUUGCUCCGAAAUGGGUGUCCUUUACUUCUGAGUGAGUGCCCGCAAUUUUACUGAGAGCUAAGCCUCGUUUACUUUUGAUUUAGUGCUUGUAACUCAUUUAGAGUCAAAUUUUAUUCACCUCUGAGUGUGUGUGCGUAACUUCACUCAGUGAUGAGUCUCAUUUACUUCUGAGUGAGUACCUGUAACUUUGCUCAGAGAUGAGUCUUUUUUACUUCUGAGUGAGUGCCGGUAACUUUGCUCAGAGAUGAGUCACCUUUAUUUCUGAGUGAGUACCUGUAACUUUGCUUAGAGAUGAGUCUUUUUUACUUCUGAGUGAGUGCUUGUAACUUUGCUCAUGAAAAUUAAAUUUUAAACUAACUCAUUGUAUCCGCUUUCUACAUGCUUCUAGAAGGCCCUCAUAAAACUACAUCUGCUACCAAAUGAGUGCUCCAGCCUAUGCAUACCUAAUGAAAUCUCGAAUUAUCCAAUAUUUUGCUACCUUUACUUUUAUGUGUAAUCAUUUAAAAAUCAAAUUUUGUACUUUAUUGUUCAUAUUUUAGAAUCAAAAAUUUGCACAAAGAGUAGCAAGAUGCAUUUUAGGGGUUACUGCUGCCUUUUGUGAAGAAUAUUUUGUAUCAACCAUAAGUUAUGAAUCCCACUUCAUUUGCCCAAAGUUUCAUAUCUAUCCUAACCCAGAAUAUACGUGAAUCCCACUUCAUAUGUUCACUUUAACCAUUUGCCUCAAGUUUUAUAUCCAUCUCAACCCAGAACAUCCCAUUAAUCCAACUUCAUAUACUCACUUUAACCGUCAGUUGGUCCUGCAAAGUGUUCCUUGCAAAAGGCAGAAACCCGUUUAGUACUGUAGUAUGUACGUGUUUUUGUUUUAUUUAUGUAUUUGUUACAUCACAAUUCUUGUUCUAAUUUUCAAUUGUGGAAGAGUUGCAAUUAUGACAUCACACUGCUAACUGAUGACACCUCUCUUCUGUAUCGUCUUCUGUGCCUAAUUAACAGCGAUAAUUUUCAGUGCCAAAUUUUUGUAAAUUAUAGAUAAAAUUAAUCAUGUAUUUAACCAAAAAUUAAUGUAAUUUUUAUGAUUGUUUUUAGAAAAUUAAAGUCUUGAAAAAAUUAAA